CGCUAGGGAUUUUUGAAGCUGUUCGCGUUGAAUUUAGUGAAAACGUAUUAUUCUAUCUUGACAGAACUCAAAAGAGAGACAGAUCGGAAACGUCGCACGGAAGAAGAUAAACAAUGCGUGAAUAACGAAUUGAUAAUACCGUUAAACAAAAAGAGAAAGCAAGGAUGACAAUGGAACCAAUAAAACUUGACGUAUCGCGGUAGCCGUCGACAGAAAAUGUAAAAGUAGAUAGAACUUUGAAAGAGAGUUUACGCGCCAGCAAGUUUCACAAGUCGGCUACGCCACUGGAAGAGCGCUCGAAAUAGCGGCUUGAUAUCGAAUGCACGCUACUCCUACUGCUAUAUUCCAAGCGAUUCACUGUAUUCUGCUGUAUUCCAUCGCACGCGUGUACGGGGAGCACGUAUUUAUUUCGUAUUCAUUGAAAAUUCUGAUUUGUUUAUUGACCACGUCCAUCUAUUGUCGCUGGGCUCCCUUAUCGCUACUCGUAACGUUUAUCCGUCGUAUCUGAUAUCGUAUCGUAUCGUGCCGUCGCCUAUCGAUACAUUUCUAAUACUAAUAGUCAAUUUAAAAGUAAUCCACUCGAAUAAUUGAUCUGUCGGUUGCCGCACUUUUCGAAAUCGGUCCUGGUGUUUGCUUGGAGAGAAAUAACUCGUGCGCAUUAAUGAAGUUUCCGUUUACGUUAGCCGGAUCUAUGCUACGUAAUCUUCUGAAACAAUUCGUGCAUUGACGGAGGAAUGGGUUUAACGCAAUUACAUAUUUCCUAACGAAGCAGAAGCGGUCUGGAUUUAAUGCAUAAGACUGGUGGAAGAAUUCCAGGCGAUGCAGAGCAACGUUACGAUAUCGGCUGUGCUCGUUUAACGCGUCUUGAAACGACCGACGAAUUGGUGAACGAUGAUUUUUCAUACGGACUGACCAUUUAGGAUUAUCUAUUUAUACGUGCUUUAAUUUCUACUGCUGCUACUCUACGCCUCUAUCAUGACGAGUAUCGUUCCACUCACCGAUAAACAACUUCAUCAGUUGAGCGUGAGUAUCGGGAAAGCUGUGAACCCUACGGAGACUCCCGUGAAAGAGAAACAUGUACGGAGCGCCAUUAUAGGCACAUAUCAAGAAAAAAGUGGAAUGAUCUUCUGGUUGUACAUGCUCAGACAACCGUUGCAAGAGAAUCAGAUCGUCGCUUGGAAAUUCUGUCACGUUUUACACAAAAUACUGAGAGAGGGUCACCCAAAGGUGAUUCCAGACUCUCAACGAUACCGCGGGAAGCUAGAAGACAUCGGGAAAUUAUGGCAGCAUCUUCGAGAGGGAUACGGCCAGUUGAUUCAAUUGUACAUAAGAUUGUUGAUUACCAAAUUGGAUUUCCACAAGCGAAAUCCACGGAUACCUGGGAACCUUCAAGUAACAGAGGAGGAAUUGGUGGCCAUUGGAGAAAACGAUAUCAAUGUUUAUUUCCAAAUGUCGGUUGAAAUGUUCGACUAUAUGGAUGAUAUCUUGAAUCUACAACGCGCAGUUACCACUUCCUUGAAGAACACACCAUUGAAUUCCAUGACCGUCAGUGGCCAAUGUCGACUGGCUCCGUUGAUACCGUGCGUUUUAGAUGCGUCUCAGCUUUACGAUUACUGCGUGAAAAUUCUAUUCAAACUCCAUAGCGCGUUACCAGCGGACACCUUAGCUGGCCAUCGUGACCGAUUCUCGAAACAGUUCCAUGAACUCAAGAAAUUCUACAACACCGUGAAACAAAGACAAUAUUUUAAACACCUUAUAACCACACCUGCGUUACCUGAGAAUCCACCAAACUUUUUGAUACAAUCCGAGUUACGAACGUACGUCACACCGAGAGUUGUAUUGCCGCCAGAAGAAUCUUUGGAUAGCGAUAUGGUCGUGGAUAGUCUGAUUGAUACGUCUGACACGAGUUCGUUGCCAGGAGAUCAACCGGAUUCUACGCGAAACGGUUCGAUCUCUCCUGAUGUAUUAGCGGAAAGGGAAAGUCUCAUCGAUCAUUUGCAGCAAGAAAAUAGUCGACAGAGACAAGAGCUACAAGAGCUAUUAAUUGAUCAUCAACGAAUCACGGAAGAGCUUCAAAAUCGCGCCACGCAACUUGAAUCCGGUUUGAUGGCUAAGUGCAGUGAAAUCGAACAGGAGAAACAACUAAAUCAGGACUCGCUUAAACAAAAAGCGGACAUGAUGGUGAAAGUACAUGAAAGUGAAGAAAAGUAUAAAGUUCUGGAAGAGAAGUUUCAGAAAUUAAAAGAUGUUUAUGCAAAGUUAAGGGAAGAACAUAUCAGUUUAAUUAGGAAGAAAGCUGAAGCGGACAAACAAAUUGGAGUAUUGAAAAUGUCUCAAGAAAAGUUGGAACGACGAACCCUUGAGGCAGAGCGUCGACUCGACGAAUUAAUACAAGGUCAAGAUAUAACUGAAAAGGAAGCUCGAAAAGCCGUCGAAGCACAACAGGAUUUGGACGACGUAAAGGAGCAAUUGAAUGCCACGAAAGCUGAAAACUUGGCGUUGAUAGCCAAAAACGAUUUUAUAACUUCUAAAAAAACGGCUUUAGAAGGCGAUCUACAUGAUUUAUUAGCGCAGAAAGAGGAAUUAGAUUUAAAGAUCGAGAAGCUGGAAGUUGAGGCUGAUCGAUGCCGUAAUGAAAUAAAUGUGCAUGCCGACACUAUGUUGUACGAAUUGUUGUUAAAUUGCAUCUCUGAAGCGGAAGAUAUUAUACAGUAUUCAUUAAGUGCUAUCGAUAAUCCAGCGAUGUCGGAUCUAACUUGCACCCCUCAAUACCUUGAACGAUUGGAGGAAUCGACUCUAAAAUCGUUAGAUACUUUGGAUUCGACAUAUACUGGUUACGUAUGCGACACAACGAAAGGAAAGAUGCUCAUGAAAAGUGCAAUACACGUUGCAUACGUUUUGGGUCUUUAUUUAAUUCAUGCGAAAUCUACAUCGAACACUUCUAUCGAUAUCACGCUGGGCGAUAAACUGACCAACGAAUGUAAACAGCUAGGACUACUGUCUUUAACAAUGUUUAGCUACAUAAAAGAGAAAUCACCGAUGACAGUUGGUCAAAUCAAUGAUGUAAAGCAGCAGUUUAAAAAAAUAUGCGAACUUGCCGCUACGUUGUCCAGUGGUCAAGGUAACGUUGAAGUUGUAGGGACCUUGGUAGAGGCGGAACUUUUAAGUAUGGAUAAAGCAAUAGAAGAAGCUGCUAAUAGAAUACAGGACAUGCUGGAGAAAUCUCGAGCAGCGGAUUCUGGAUUAAAACUAGAAGUGAACGGGAAAAUCCUAGAUUCGUGUACAGAAUUAAUGAAAUGUAUAAGACAGUUAGUUAAAAAGUCGCGGUUGCUGCAAGCAGAAAUUGUAGAACAAGGAAAGGGAACGGCCUCUGCAACUGAAUUCUACAAACGGAACCAUCAAUGGUCCGAAGGACUCAUAUCAGCAGCAAAAGCGGUUGCAUUGGGCGCUACUCUGUUAUUGGAAGCUGCGGAUAAAGUUGUUUCCGGAAACGGCAAAUUUGAACAACUAGUGGUCGCAUCACAGGGAAUUGCUGCAUCUACAGCGCAAUUGGUAAUCGCAAGCAGGGUAAAAGCAAAUAGAAAUAGCAGUAACCUGGCUGCACUUUCCGAGGCGUCGAAAGACGUGACACAGGCAACCGGAAGUGUUGUUGCAAUUGCUAAAAAUUGCAGUCAUCUUGUAGAAGAUAAUGAUGAUUUAGAUAUUUCUGGGUUGAGCCUACAUCAAGCUAAACGAUUAGAAAUGGAGGCACAAGUUCGCGUACUGGAAUUGGAGCAAGCUUUGGAGACUGAAAGAUUACGCUUAUCUGCUUUGCGUCGCCAUCAUUACCAACUCGAAGGCGAAAAAGAUGAUCAAUUUAUAUUAAUGACUGAAUGAGAUCCGCGUUAACAUCACAAUCUCUCAAUUGACAUGAAGCAGUAUUGAACAAAGUAAACAAAUUCCAUUACAAAAUAAUAUAUUACAAAAACAGAAGAUCUAUUUGGGUUGUCCACAACGAAUUAUUGUAAUAUUUGCAUGUUUAAUGUUUAAUAAAUACAUUUUAUUCAUUUUUAAUGGCAA